UAAAUAUUUUAUAAACUUACAGAAACGAAAAUGAAAAUCGCUUUCCUUGUUGUCUGCUUAGUUCUUGGCUCGGCAACUUCGUCGCCAUUACAACAUUCUUUUGGAUUGGAGACGUUGUUGGAAGAAGUCGGCGAGGGAUACCAAACAGCUUCAAAAGUUGUGGAAGUGGCUCACAAAAUCGAAAGAUUAGUCGUCACCCUUAAAGAAACCGUCCCCCAUCUUUAUCACGAAUACAAAGACGUCAUAGAGUUGCUACGUGGAGAAAUUGGUGAAAUUGUAAGCGAUAUAAAGUACUUACUGAACAAACAAAAUUACUACUACGGUUUUGAUUUAUUGGAUGGCUUGACCGAACUGACAGACGGAACAAAAUUGAGUACUGUUCUUCGAUUAUUGAGUCUGGCUGACAAAGCUCACAAGUUUGUCAACGACCUAAAACACGCUGUUCCCGACGCUAAGGAAAGGCUUCACAGAGUCUUGAAUGACUUGGAAAAUUCCAUGACUGACUUAGUUCAUCACGUUAUUCGUGAACUUGGUGGAGAUAAUUUCCUUGCAGCUGUACCUUUCUUAGAAGAAUUAGAGGAGAUUUUCGAUGAAUUUGCCGAUAAAACUUUAGGCAAAGUAGUUGAUCUUGUUGUUGCUAUGGAAGGAGUUAUUCGUAGAAUUGAAGAUGAACUUCCAGUCGUAGCUGAAGAUGUGAGACAUUUGAUUCGUGACAUCAGACAAGAUUUUAAAGAUAUUAUGAGAGAUUUGAAAACCACCUUUUUGGGUUACAGUUUUCUCGAUGUAAUGGGAGAUCUGACCGAUGGAACCAAGUUGGGUACAGUUAUGAAGGUCGUAAGUCUCAUUGACAAAUUCAAUACUCUCGUUAAAGAUGUCAAACAAUUGGAACCAAGGGCAGAAGCUGUGUUAGAACACAGCGUUAGUGUCGUUGCCAACCAUGCCCAGGAGUUUUUAAAUCACGCUUCUGAUCUUUUAUACAAAGAACAAUAUUAAUUAAAGUUAUAACGAGAAUUUGAAUAAAAUAACUUUAAAAAAUUUGCAA